GUUGCAGGUAUUAUUUACAUGACUGUCAUUUUAUUUAUUCUAACCGCCUUCGUGCCAUCCAUCUUGAACGUUGUGUUUCCUCUAAAUACUUCUCGUCCAUUACUUCUACCGAUUCCGGUGCAUUAUUUCAUUGACGAGGAGCGAUAUUUCUACUAUAUUGUUUGCCACGUGCUAAUUGUCGCUUUGAUAUGCAUAAACGGACUGAUUGCGCACGACUGCAUGUUUUUCACUUACAUCGAACACGUCUGCGGUCUUUUUGCCGUAGCUGGAUUCAGAUUUGAACAUAUGUUGUACAAACGUAGUGAGGCGAAGGACAGUCUGUUUGAUCGGCUUGAUGACACGCAAAGAUACUGCAAAGAUAUUGCGCUUUCGGUACACGUACAUCGAGAAGCUUUGCAGUUUGCGGAGCUUAUCGAAAAUACUUUUUCAGUAUCGCUCGCUGUACAAAUGAUGAUCAUUACGUCCACCUUGAGCCUUACUUUGUUACAACUUUCUAGGACAGAAAUUGAUAGAUCACAGUCUCGUAACUUGCAACAAGAUAUAUUGUGGCUCGUGGUAUAAUAUGCCCGCAAAAGCUCAAAGACUGCUUGUGAUCGCGAUGAGAAAGAGUAUCGAAGCUAGUACUCUGAGUGCCGGCAAAAUGUAUAUAUUUUCGCU